AAAAAAAAAAAAAAAUUCUCUUGUCUCUGUGGUCGUAACUCUUCUCCUCCUUCUCUCACUCCUUCUUCUUAGCUCUUCUGCUUCUUUCUCGCUGUCGGGUUGCAUUUGGCGCAAAAAGUUCUUCCCUUUUCUUGUUUCUCUUUUCUGUUCGUUUUCUGACAGCUUUCUUUUUGAAACAAAUAAAGAUGCCAGUAGCACUAGCUUUGCUGCUGGCAUUGUGCAGUCUGAUUCCGAUUUACGCGAGAAGUUACGGCGUCGGAAACGUAUGCGAGCUUGGUCGGAGACCAAACACGAGACCACACAGUGUCUCAAUUCUGGAGUUUGGUGCUGUGGGAGAUGGUAAAACGUUGAACACACUUGCCUUUCAGAAUGCUGUGUUCUAUCUCAAGUCUUUCGCCGAUAAAGGCGGUGCUCAGCUCUAUGUUCCUCCGGGACGGUGGCUCACCGGAAGUUUCAACCUCACCAGUCAUCUCACUCUCUUUCUCGAGAAAGACGCCGUGAUACUUGCCUCGCAGGAUCCAUCGCACUGGCAAGUCGUGGAUCCGUUACCGUCAUAUGGACGGGGCAUUGAUCUACCGGGGAAAAGAUACAUGAGUUUGAUAAACGGCUAUAUGCUACAUGAUGUAGUAGUUACAGGUGAUAACGGUACUAUAGAUGGACAAGGCCUGCUUUGGUGGGAUCGGUUUAAUUCUCAGUCUUUAGAGCACAGUCGACCUCAUCUCGUGGAGUUUGUCUCUUCCGAAAAUGUCAUUGUCUCAAAUCUUACGUUCUUGAAUGCUCCAGCUUAUACUAUCCAUUCGGUUUAUUGUAGCCAUGUAUACAUUCAUAAAGUAACAGCUAAUACUUCUCCACAAUCUCCUUAUACCAUCGGCAUUGUCCCUGAUUCUUCUGAAAAUGUGUGCAUCCAAGAUUCUAUCAUCAACAUGGGCUAUGAUGCUAUUUCCCUAAAAAGUGGUUGGGACGAAUACGGCAUAUCGUAUGCAAGACCAACUGCAAAUGUGCAGAUAAGAAACGUUUACCUCCGAGCAGCUUCUGGUUCCUCCAUUUCCUUUGGAAGUGAAAUGUCUGGUGGCAUAUCUGAUGUCGUGGUCCGAGAUGCUCACAUACACAACUCUUUGUCCGGGAUUGCCUUUAGAACAACAACAGGAAGAGGCGGUUACAUGAAAGAGAUCGAUGCUUCCAACAUCUAUAUGGUUAAUGUUGGUACUGCGUUUCUAGCCAAUGGCAGCUUUGGAACUCACCCGGAUUCUGGCUUUGAUGCAGAUGCUUUCCCGCUAGUGAGUCACAUCAGGUUACAUGACAUUGUUGGAGAAAACAUAAGCGCAGCAGGAGAUUUCUUUGGAACCAAAGAGUCUCCUUUCACUUCUGUUUUGCUAUCGAAUAUCUCUCUGUCGAUGAAGAACUCUGGUUCUGCUGAUGAUUCUUGGCAAUGCUUAUUCGUUGACGGUUCUUCGGAAUCUGUGGUCCCUGAACCGUGUCCCGAGCUGAAGAGUUUUGACAGUUCUUAUGGCGUAGCUGUGGCCUUGUGAAACCAAACUUCAUUGAGA